AUGAUGAAGGGGCAAUUCAAAUCCCUCAAUGAAAAGUUGGAUACUCUUCUUGAGUCUUCCAAAACUUCAUCAAAUACUGCAUACUCUUACGAGUCUGUCAAAUCUUUAAUCGAGACCUUCACAAAGGAGCAUGCCAAAAGUCUCGAUGCUUCUACUAAAGCUGUAGAAAAUUCCGAGAAGAUUAAUCAAUUCUUGUUGAAUCUCAUUGAUACUCGUGAUUCAUUACUCACGGUCUCCGUUCGCCAACAUCUAACUGAUAAGCUUAAACCUGUCUUCUCAAUGCUCAAUCAUAUAGAAGGUGUUUCAGAGUCUAGCUCACUUCCGAAACAAGGGGAAAAGUCAAGAAACCAGUUGAUGAUUCUGGUGAACAAGAACAUAAACCAACUCCAAAAGAUCCAAAGGUACGGGAAGCCUGAAUAUCAAAACUGGAGUUCAAAUAAAAUUACAGUUGUGAAAGUUAUAGGGCCAAUUAAAAUGGAGAGCUUUAUCAAUGCCAAAUUCAAAGUUGUCCGUGGUGCAAAAAUUUCAUUUUAUGAGUUUACACUCAAAGACUUGUUGUGCCUUAACCCAUAUGACUGGAUUUCCUUGUUCCAUCUCUUAUUACAAGAUAAACAGAAGUUCAAACCCCUCGUGGCACAUCUUAAAAGGAUGUUGAUCUCCUACAUUCACGGAGUUAUGAAAAUGGAUGUGGAGAUAGCGACUAUUUUACAAAAGAAGCCUACUUUUGAACCAAAAGAAUCUCCAAAUGAUGUCACCAAGAUGAGUUUGGGAAAAAUUGAGAAGGAUAACUUGAGUGUAACAUUUCAACAAAGUGCUAAUGAGGGUUCUAAUUUUAAGAAAUUCUUAUUUUCUUUGUCGGACAAACAUCUCUACUCUACUUCUUGUCUGAACUACAUUGUGGUGAUUACUGGACAAUGCAAGGUGAAUGAUGUUGCCACCAAGAAGUGCUUCAUAGAUAUGAUAAAGUGGUACAUAUUAGUUCCUAACACCUCGCUUGGCUUAAUGUCGAAACUUUUCAAAGUUCAGAAGAGUAUUCAACAUUGA